CGGCCCUUUACUUUCUCUCCCUCUCCCUGUCCCUUUCCCGCUCUCCGCACGCGCCGUGUUGCAAGUGCUUUACUUUGCUUUGCGCUCUUCGCAUCUCGAUUCUGUUCCGUUUAAACGAGCGUGCUGGUCGGUCGCAUUUUCCGCUGCGCCUUAUUCGAGAGAAGUGAAAAAUCCCUUUUGUUUUUUGUUUGAGUGCAUGAGAUUUGAAAGAGUGCUAAACAAAGUAAUUAAAUAACUCAAGGUGUGGUGUAAAGCGCCUCAAUCACCAAGAUGAGUUACAUGCCAGCCCAGAAUCGAACCAUGUCGCAUAAUAAUCAAUACAAUCCACCUGAUCUGCCGCCGAUGGUGUCCGCCAAGGAGCAGACCCUCAUGUGGCAGCAGAACUCAUACUUGGGCGACUCCGGCAUCCACUCGGGUGCCGUGACCCAGGUGCCAUCGCUGUCUGGCAAGGAGGACGAGGAGAUGGAGGGAGAUCCGCUUAUGUUCGACCUGGACACCGGUUUCCCACAGAAUUUUACACAAGACCAAGUGGACGAUAUGAACCAGCAGCUCAGCCAGACUCGCUCCCAACGUGUCCGUGCUGCCAUGUUUCCGGAAACCCUGGAGGAGGGCAUUGAGAUUCCCUCCACCCAGUUUGAUCCCCAACAGCCGACGGCAGUGCAACGUCUUUCGGAGCCGUCGCAAAUGCUAAAGCACGCGGUGGUCAAUCUGAUCAACUACCAGGACGACGCUGAGCUGGCAACCAGGGCCAUACCCGAGUUAAUCAAGCUGCUGAACGAUGAGGAUCAGGUGGUAGUUUCCCAGGCCGCCAUGAUGGUUCACCAGCUGUCCAAGAAGGAGGCCUCGCGCCACGCCAUAAUGAACAGCCCCCAGAUGGUAGCCGCUUUGGUGCGUGCCAUCUCGAACAGCAACGAUCUGGAGAGCACCAAGGCAGCUGUAGGAACGCUGCACAACUUAUCACACCAUCGUCAGGGUCUGCUGGCCAUCUUCAAGAGUGGCGGCAUCCCGGCACUCGUCAAGUUGCUCUCCUCGCCAGUGGAGAGUGUGUUGUUCUAUGCAAUUACCACGCUGCACAAUCUGCUGCUCCACCAGGAUGGAUCCAAGAUGGCUGUGCGCCUGGCUGGUGGUCUUCAGAAGAUGGUUACACUGCUGCAACGAAACAACGUCAAGUUUCUGGCUAUCGUCACAGAUUGCUUGCAAAUUCUGGCCUAUGGUAACCAGGAGAGCAAGUUGAUAAUCCUUGCCUCCGGUGGGCCGAACGAACUGGUACGCAUCAUGCGCUCUUACGACUACGAGAAGCUACUGUGGACCACUUCGCGUGUACUGAAAGUGCUUUCCGUUUGUUCGAGUAACAAGCCGGCCAUCGUGGAUGCCGGUGGAAUGCAGGCGCUGGCUAUGCACUUGGGUAACAUGUCGCCGCGUCUUGUGCAAAACUGUUUGUGGACUCUCCGCAACCUGUCGGAUGCAGCCACUAAGGUGGAGGGCCUCGAAGCUUUGCUUCAAUCUCUUGUCCAGGUUCUGGGCUCGACCGAUGUCAACGUGGUCACCUGUGCCGCCGGUAUUCUCUCAAAUCUGACGUGCAACAAUCAGCGCAACAAGGCCACCGUUUGCCAGGUGGGCGGUGUGGACGCCCUCGUCCGUACUAUCAUCAAUGCUGGAGAUCGCGAAGAGAUUACCGAGCCGGCCGUCUGUGCCCUACGUCACUUGACCUCACGUCAUGUGGACUCGGAGCUGGCCCAGAAUGCCGUGCGUCUUAACUACGGGCUAUCGGUGAUUGUGAAGCUUCUGCAUCCACCAUCACGCUGGCCCUUGAUCAAGGCCGUCAUUGGGCUUAUACGCAAUUUGGCCCUCUGUCCGGCCAAUCACGCCCCGUUGCGGGAGCACGGGGCCAUCCACCAUCUGGUGCGGCUGCUAAUGCGAGCCUUCCAAGACACAGAGAGGCAACGUUCCUCGAUAGCCACCACGGGCUCACAGCAGCCGUCUGCAUACGCUGACGGCGUUCGUAUGGAGGAGAUUGUCGAGGGCACGGUGGGGGCGCUACAUAUCCUGGCCCGUGAGUCCCACAACCGGGCACUCAUACGCCAGCAGUCGGUAAUACCGAUCUUCGUUCGCUUGCUGUUCAACGAAAUCGAGAACAUACAGCGCGUGGCUGCUGGCGUUCUUUGUGAGCUCGCCGCUGACAAGGAGGGCGCCGAGAUUAUCGAGCAGGAGGGCGCCACUGGGCCGCUGACCGAUCUCCUGCAUUCGCGCAAUGAAGGCGUGGCCACAUACGCCGCCGCCGUUCUCUUCCGCAUGAGUGAGGACAAGCCGCAGGAUUACAAGAAGCGGUUAUCCAUAGAGCUGACCAACUCGCUGCUGCGCGAGGACAACAACAUAUGGGCCAAUGCCGACCUGGGCAUGGGUCCCGAUCUGCAGGAUAUGCUUGGACCAGAAGAAGCAUAUGAGGGCCUGUACGGACAAGGUCCGCCCAGCGUGCACAGUUCGCACGGAGGUCGCGCAUUCCAUCAGCAAGGAUAUGAUACUCUACCAAUAGAUUCGAUGCAGGGUCUGGAGAUCAGCAGCCCGGUGGGCGGUGGCGGUGCUGGGGGUGCUCCCGGCAAUGGUGGAGCUGUGGGCGGAGCUAGCGGCGGCGGUGGUAACAUCGGCGCCAUUCCGCCCAGCGGCGCACCCACAUCGCCCUAUUCCAUGGACAUGGACGUCGGCGAGAUUGAUGCCGGUGCAUUGAACUUCGACUUGGACGCCAUGCCGACGCCACCCAAUGACAACAACAACCUGGCUGCCUGGUACGAUACCGACUGUUAGACGAGCCGAGCUAAGGGUAAGGGUCGAGCAUCCAUUCGACCCCAAAAACAUAAAACACAAAACACACGAAUCCCCAUCCCAGCACUAUAGCCCUCUUCCACCGGCUUUGAUUCCAUUCCGGAUUCCCGAUCACCCCAAUUUGACUAGAUCAACGAAGGUGUUGAUUUUACUUGACAAAGACGAGGAGGAGCUGCGGCAGGUCAAGGUUCUGCUUUCAGAACUGAAAGCUCGUGGGAGAAGGCUAUUGCUCACACACCACACCCCGCGACGAAGCAUACACACACGCAUACAUGCAUAAUAUUAUACAUUUAUUAUAAUGCGAACGAAACGGCAAGCAAAACAUAUUAUAUGAUGCAUUACAUAUUACCCACGUAAACGAAAUGGAAAAUUAAACAAAUGUUUGCAAUAGAACUCGUACA